CGUGGCUCUGAGGCUGCUGCUCCUGCGGGUGCCUGGCUGGCCGGGGAGGCGCGAGCAGGAUGGCGGCGACGGCAGCCCCGUCAGCAUCCGCCGCAGCCGCUGCUGCCGAGAAGGAGGCGAGCCAGCAGAGCAGCCUGGGCGCCUACUCGCCCGUGGACUACAUGAGCAUCACCAGCUUCCCCCGCUUGCCCGAGGAGGAGCCCGGCAGCGGCAGCGCCGCCGAGAGCUGCCUGCGCUCCAGGAAGGAGGAAGAUGCGUUCCUGGGAGAGCAGGAUGCCGAUCCAGAUUCUUUCUUAAAAUCAGCUCGUCUUCAGCGCCUGCCUUCCUCUUCAUCAGAAAUGGGCAGUCAGGAUGUCUCACCCCUCCAGGAGACCAGCAAGGACCCAUUCUCUGGGGAUUGCAGUUGUCGCCAGGAUGGUCUGACUGUGAUCAUCACCGCCUGCCUAACAUUUGCAACAGGAGUCACGGUUGCCUUAAUCAUGCAGAUUUACUUUGGAGAUCCACAGAUAUUCCAUCAAGGUGCCGUAGUCACCGAUGCUGCUCGCUGUACUGCAUUGGGGAUCGAGGUACUGAACAAACAAGGCUCCUCUGUGGAUGCAGCCAUCACCUCAGCCUUAUGCUCAGGAAUUAUCAACCCUCACACAGCCGGCAUUGGUGGCGGAGGAGUAAUGCUGGUUCAUGACAUCAGGAAGAAUGAGAGCCGGGUGAUUGAUUUCCGAGAGACAGCCCCUUUCAGCAUCCAAGAAGAGGGUCUUAGGAAGGCUUGGGAAACAAAGCCGGGUCUUCUGGUUGGUGUUCCAGGCAUGAUCAAGGGACUCCAUGAAGCACAUCAGUCUUAUGGGAGACUGCCAUGGAGACAGUUGUUGGGCCUUGCUGCAGAUGUAGCCCAGGAUGGAUUCAACGUCACACAUGAUUUAGCAACGGCUAUCAAAGAAAUGAAGGAACAGCAUAACUUCUCAGAUAAAUUCAGAGACACCUUCCUUCCAGAUGGUCAGCCCCUACUGCCUGGCAUGUUUGUGAGAAGACCAGACCUGGCUGCUCUUCUAGACUUGCUUGGGUCAGGAGGGAUCUCAGCUUUCUACAGUGGAAAUGUGACACAAGAGAUUAUUUCAGAGGUGCUUAAUUUUGGAGGUACCUUGUCUGAAGAAGACUUCAGUAACUACACUGUCUUGGUGGAAAAUCCAGUCCAUACAGUAUAUCAAGGUCACCUUGUUCUCAGUCCAUCACCUCCACAUGUAGGUCCUGCACUGGUCACAGCUCUGAACAUCCUUGAGGGUUUCAAUAUCACCAGCCAGGUAGCCAAGGAAAAUAUCCUCCACUGGAUAACAGGGACCUUAAAAGUAGUACUGGCACUAGCUAGCAACCUGGGGGACCCUUUCUAUGAUGCAUCCAUUUCUCACAGUGUAGAAGACAUGAUGAGUAAAUCCAAGGCAAAUUUCCUGCGUCAACAGAUUGAUUCUCAGUCUUUCCCAGCUGAUUAUCACAUUCCAAAUUUCUCCAUGGAAAGUGGACCCUCUGCUAGUCAGGUCCUUGUCAUGGGACCUGAUGACUACAUUGUUGCAGUUGUAAGCUCCUUGAACCGGCCAUUUGGAAGUGGAAUAAUGACUUCUUCUGGAAUCCUUCUAAACAGUCAGAUGCUGGAUUUUUCUUGGAUGAAUGAAACAGAAGACCAUUCAUCUCCCAAUUUGAGGAACUUUAUUCAGCCUGGGAAAAGGCCUUUGUCAUUUUUAUUACCCACUGUUGUCCGGCCAUCAGAAGGAAUGUGUGGGACUUACCUUUGUCUGGGAGCCAAUGGUGGAGACAAAGCUUUGAGCAGCAUCACACAGGUUUUAGUAAAUGUUUUAACAUAUAACAAGAACCUGAGUGACAGUCUGUCACUAGGCCGGCUUCACCCUCAACUUCAAUCUAAUAUCCUGGAAGUUGACAGUGAGUUUCCUGAAGAAGACAUCAAAUACUUUACAACUAGGGGUCAACCUGUGAACAAAGUCGAGGUUCUCUCUGUAGUUCACGGAGCCAGAAGAACCAACAAUUUCAUAAUUGGUGUGAAGGACCCAAGAAGUGUGGAUGCAGCAGGAGCCACAAUAUUAUAGCAACUCCUGGAUGGGUUUGUUCACAAAAUAAGGCUUUUUCCAAAACACAUUGUGCAUGUUUCCAAACAGUCCCUUUAUCAUUCCCCCUUAUGUGGAACAAACAGUGUUUGUUGUGGGUUUCUACAUUGCUAAAUAGACCCUUCUGCACUUCUAUACUAAAAGCAAUGCAGCAAUGAAGGCUGAUAAAGGCACAAUACAAACCCUUCGAUUUUUUGUUUUGCUUUGUUAUUAUGAACUUGAGUUAUAAGAAUCUCAGGCAUUAUUGUAAUAGGAGCACAGGGAAUAGGUUUAAUUUCAGCAGCACCCUGUCAAUAGUCGAUUCCAGGCAUUUAAUGCAGAACAGAGAGAUAUUUCUAAAUUAAACACUGGGAACAUUCAAGAAGCAAAUUGCUGGGUGUGUACAAAUAUACCAUUCUGAGACCACUGACGGCAGGUUCCCUGCUCUGUAAAUACACAUACUUCUUCUGUUCUGAGAUAAGUUCUUUAAAAAGAGAAGAAUCACAGUUCCACAGGUUUGAGUUUGAAUGGGAUGAAUGGGUAAAUCACAGAAUCAUAUAAUAGUAGACUUGGGAGGGGCCUAUAAGGCCAUCAAGUCCAACCCCCUGCUCAAUGCAGGAAAUAAAAUCUAUCUGUGGAGGAUGCCUAUUGGUUGAUAUACAUGGUAUCAUUAACUUCCUCUUUUCUAAUUUCUGCAACAGUUUUGCAGUUUAAAAUAAAGUUUUUUAUUCCCACCCCCUGCCUUCUAAGGCAAGGAUAAACACAGAGAGAUAUAACCACAUAUGUGUGUUGCUUUUAAAAAAGGCAUCUAGCCUGCCUGACUCAUUUGGGAAAGGCUACAUCUGGUGGCUGAUCCAGCAUUUGACCUCAUACUUUGUGUAUUUGUCAUGGAAGUUUCGGCUUCACUGUGUGCUGGCUGGGUUCACACACAUACUGCUUUGAGUGCUUUUUAAAUGGUACCUUUGUAUUAACCGGCAAAGAUAACAAAUGGUUUAUCUCUCAAAGGACUUUGCCAGCGCAGAGAACCCUCUCCUCAGUGUGUUGAGGAUUGGGCAAAAAUCUUUCUUUAUCUCUGUAUUUAUUUCUGCUACUUUAGUAAUCAUUCCCUCUUUUCCAAAUUGCUUCUUCUCAAGUAGAUGAAUGGAGAAUAAGAACAAUUGGAUAAGACCUAAGCAUUCUCAAAUAUUCUCUGUGAGUCAAAUGUUUUGUACCAGCAUACAUGUUCUAAGAGCAUAUUGGUUCCAUAUAUUAAUGUAAGUUUUUAUAAUCUUCAUUUUGUCUCUCUGCCCCAAAGGCAUCUUCUUGGUGGCGUCAGCCACUAUGGUAUCUUGCUAGUGAUUUCAACAAGUUGGGGAUGCCAUUUACAGUGUUUGACACAAUGCACUAUGUAGUUCAACUCUGGGUCUGUUAUGCUAUAUCCAUACUGCGGGAAAGCUGUCUUUCAGUUUCUUAGUGCUGCUCUCCAGAGCAGUUCUGCCAUUGAAAUAACAUUGCAAACUGUAAUGCAGAAAGAACUCAGGCAGAUUCAGUGUAAUCUUCCACUGAAUAAGUUAACUGUAACCUUGCUGUUAGUCCCAUGGUUUUCCAUACUGCUGGAGUUCCACUGCAGCUUAUUGUAUUUAUUGGGCAAUACCAAAGGGAUCCAAUAAUAAAGCAAGGCCCAACAUAACAAAAACAAACAAAAAAUGCAAUCCCUUUUCACAUAAAUGUUAUAACUAUAAUUUUCAAAUCAUUAACUUUGGAAAACCAUUGGCAAAAUAUGGGGGGGAGGGGGAGAGAUUGCAAAGAAGAGUUAGGCUCAUCUGUAGUAGUACUCACUGUCUCUUGACCCAUGUUUCCCAUUUUAUCUUGAUAUAUGCUGAAAGACAGCUAACCAAACUAGGUCAAGACUUUGCAUAUUUAUUAUUUCAAUAAUAAAAGCAAAAAUAUUAAGACAUUUCAUAUUGACAGAUUCUAAAACUGUCAUGUAGAUAUUUCUCCUGUUCUUUUAGUAAGUUCUAAUCUUAAUUUACUUGUAGCUGACUUCUUGCCAAUCUUAUCUCACUUUCCUUCAUUAAUCCGGAGUUUUUGUAAACUGAUACGACACAUCUGCUCAGCUCUUGCAAAGCUUACCUUCAGAUUAAUUUCGAACAACAUUGCCAAUGCCUACAACAUGCUAAAGGAGAAAUAAGAAUACAUAAAGAAGAAAUAAGAAUCCAGGACAAAGUAUUAGGCUGUGAAAAAAAGGAAAAAAGAAAGAUGUAAAAUCAAUAGGAAUGUGGUUUACUACUAUUCUGAAAGCCCACUACCCAAAGAGGUAAAGGUGUACAUCUUCUUUGAAGUUUAUCCCAUUGGUGUCAAUUAGGAUACAUCAAGAUUUUUUCAAAGUAACUUGGUUUGUGUUUGUACCCAAAGUUAUUUUAUACAUCCUCCAAAUCAGUCUUCAUUGGGCUGAUUUGUGAAGCACGAGAAACGUUGCUGCUUGUUAAUACUAGAGGUAAAUACUUAGACAUGGGCAAUUGUUACAGAUUAUUUCCAGAUGGAUGCUGACACCAUUAGUUUAUUAUGUCACAAAUCAAUCAAGAGGAGCCUACAUAGGGAUUAUUAUGAGAUAUGUAAAAAUAUUUCAAUUCUAUAUGUAGAUAAUGAUGGGUACAUCAGAACAGCUCUCUUAAUGUGAAAGACACAUUCGGUGAAUGCAUGGAGGCAGGGUGCAGUAGGAUAUUCUGUUCCCAACCUCCACAUGUUCAUCUGAAGGUAUGCAUAGUGACAUCCCUAUAUGUGUGGCACUGCAUUAAUGUAGGCUCUAACUGUGUGUUUGGGGAACCUGGAUACCUGAUUGUGCAAAUGGAGUUAAUGCAUGUACAGCUCUGUGCACAUCUUCAGCUGAAAAUAUAGAAGCUUGUGGAGUGGACAAAAGAAAUGAUUGCAUCCUCCCCUAUGGGAGGAUUCAGUGUUCACUGAAUGUGAGAAGAUCUCUUUGAAGAUAAAAGGAAAUUCAUAAUUCUACACCAUCUAAGGCCCCAUCUGCAUCAUGUAGGUCUGCACUAUGCAGAGUUCUCUAGGAAGAGGGAUUGAUUGUUAAACCACUCUGGGAAUUGUACCUCUGUGAGGGGAACAACUCCCAGAACCCUUAACAAACAACAGAUCCCAGGAUUCUUUGGGGGAAGCCACAACUGUUUAAAGUGGUACAUUACGGCUUUAAAUGUAUAGUGCAGACAGGAACUAAAAGAAAACACAAAGUUUCUGCCUUUGGCUCCAUUAAUUAAAAAAAAAUACAUUAGUGUACUGAUUCAUUCCAGUGAGCAUUUGAACAUCUUUUCCCCCCUACAAAAUAUAAUUUCACAGCACUUGAAAAAAAUAACCACACACACACACACUCUUUCUCUAUAAUGAUUUCAGAUCAGAUCAAUGUAUAACUUAUGUUGGUUUUCUCCAUAGUAUUAUUGUACCUUUCACUAUUGUACAUAUUUUGUAUGUAUAUACAGCUAACAGCUGUUCCGGGUCUUAUAUCCCAGUGAACUGGAAUCCAAGGAAUACUGUCUUACUCAUAUGCCACAUUUAAAUGGCAGAAAAACAUCUUAAUAUGAAGAAUGGCCACUUCUAAUGUUGGGCAGAAGCCAUCACUGAUUAUGCUUUCUGCUUGAAUGAUCUCAGUGUAGUUUACAAUCGUUCACUGGUUAAGGGCUCAUUCAGUUGUUAUAUUAUAAGAUCAUGAGAUUUUUGAAUGUUUGUAUGACACCUCUAACAUCACCCAAGCUACAUGCUGACUGUCUUCGGUAUCAAAGCCAUAGGUAAGGCUCCAUCACAUUCCAAAAAAGAUAUCCUAGGAUGGAGUGAUUGAGAUGAAGAAGUGGGGUUGUACAGAUAGGGUGAAACUCAAUCUGGGAUGUAGUUAAUGGGGCUGGUUUAGCCUUCAUCCUGCUGCUGUCCUUGAGUACCAUUCACUUUUCUUCAAUGAAGGGCUUCAUUUGGGAACAAGUGUCUGGGGAAGACAAAACUGGUCACUAUUCCUGAAGCUGCAUGACCCAACCUCCAUCAACAGGAGCAAGGUUCCAUGCAUCUUAGUGCACAGAGUACACAGAAACAGAUUUCUAGAGAGCCCUGGUAUAUAUACCAUCCCUACAUGCACACUUGCCUGUCAUAAUGAUAGACAGUUCAUCUCUUAAUAAACUGGAAUGAGCAACUGACUUAUGUGUUCUUCCUCACAUGGACAGAAGUAGAGUUUAUGGGGUGGAGGAGAGAGAGAGAAAAUGAGGAAACUUGUCCAUGAAUACAGAACCAGAGAAGAUAACUAGUUAGAGGUUCUACAAACGGAUCCCUUAGAGCUGCUUCCACAUUUGUUAACUCUUGUAUAGAUUUCUGUGGCUGAGGCAAAAUAAAGUUGACUGAAGGGACAUACUCGUAUGUGCUCUGAGGAGGCAACAGAGAGCAUGCACAUGCACACAGUUAGUAGAAAGGAAGGUGGAAGGCAUACAAUGACGUGUAGAAAAAAGGAGGGGUGCGAACCCUGAAUGCCAAAG